UGUUUUGUAGUCAGGUGACUAAAAAUUUCGUGAGACGUAGGUGCCCGCUGUCAGAUUUUGUUUUGUGUUAAAACGACAGUAGACAUAAUUCCCCACAUAUGUUCCGGUAAAAAUGACUAAACUGAUGCAGUACAUACAGGACAACAGGAGCUGCUGAUAUCUUACAGUAAAAGAACUACUGUAUAUAGCUACUGUUCUGUUGUGCAAUAAUAUAAUAAAUCAUGGCAAAAGUUUUCCAAAUCAUAUUCAUUCUUUCGACAUUGGUGAAGUUAAUCAAUGCAAAGAGAGCUUCAAAUUUAACAGUCAGGCCAACUGAACUAGCUAUUGUGGUUGGGAACAAUGAUUCUUUCAGCUUGCAGAGUAAAGUGCCACUUAGUGAGCCUGUUACUAUCAAUCUUUAUAGUACACAUCCUGGUAUAGCAACAGUAGAAGACGAAGCUCUUCUAAAUGACACCACUAAAGUUUUUGUCGAAAUUCAAUCUUUUGAAGUAGGCAGAACCGACAUUGUGAUGAACACAUCUUCAUGGGAGAUUGGAAGUUUGGAUUCUACUUUCCUGCGAGUUUCAGUGAUUCAUAGUGAUGUCUUAUCUGUUUUGAUCAUUGUUGUUGGAUGGAUCUACUUUGUGGCAUGGUCUGUGUCAUUUUAUCCACAGGUUAUUCUUAAUUUUCAGAGAAAAAGUGUUGUUGGCUUGAAUUUUGAUUUCCUGGCGUAUAACUUGACUGGAUUUAUAGCAUACGGUAUAUUCAAUAUUGGAAUGUUUUGGAUUCCACAUAUACAGGAUCAAUAUGAGGAGAAGCACCCACGUGGUGUGAAUCCCGUCCUCAUCAAUGAUGUCUGCUUCACUCUACAUGCAGUUUUCAUCACUGCAGUUACUAUCAUCCAGUGUAUAAUUUAUGAGAGAGGUAAGCAAAAGGUGUCAACUGUUUGCAAGGGUUUAUUGAUAGUAGCCUGGUUGUUUGCCUUAAUCACCCUCCUCAUCACGGCGUUCUCACAUGAGCGUUUGAUCACUUGGUUGGAUUAUGUCUAUUAUUUUUCGUACAUCAAGCUUGGCGUGACACUAAUUAAGUAUGUUCCACAGGCCUUGAUGAAUUACAAACGUAAGAGUACAGAUGGCUGGAGCAUUGGUAAUGUUCUGCUAGACUUCACUGGUGGUUCUCUAAGCUUAGUUCAGAUGUUCCUGUUAGCCUACAACAAUGAUGAUUGGAAUUCCAUCUUUGGAGAUCCCACAAAGUUUGGUCUUGGUUUUUUUUCUAUAUUAUUCGAUGUUCUCUUCAUUCUUCAACACUACGUAUGGUACAGGGGGAACACCCCUAAGCUUGAAAAUAAGGAACGGUAUUCCGAGAUUGGAAGCGAUGAACCUUUACUAAACGGUUCAUCUGGAGCUUAUUAUGCUUCUGUUGAAUAAGUAUUUUUUUAAUUUAAACAGUUUUUUUUUUCAUUUAUGAAUUUUAUCAACUAUUCCUGGAUAUCGAAAGGUCCACUGAUUAAUCUCAGAUAAGAUAGUAUAAUACAUACUUCAAGUAUGG